AUGUGGCGACAUGCGACAACAACGACCGGGAGUUCGUCUUCGUCGCAAGUGGAACAACCGUCGGUGGUGUUUGAUGCGUGGAUACUCAACACGGGUGCUACUCAACACAUGACGGCGUGUGCGACGCUUCUCAACAACGUGACAACGGAGGCUCCCGUUAAGCGCGUGAUGUUCGGCAACCGUGACACGUUGGACGUCACGGGACAAGGCGACUUGCGGCUCAUGGUGGACGGCGGUCCACUCACCAUCAAGAACGUCUUGGUGGUUCCCGGGCUUGGCGCCAACCUCCUUUCGGUUUCUCAAUUCACACGCAAGGGGAUGCGUGUGAACAUUGAGGGAACCACCAUGGUGUUGAGUACGGCGGAUGGCGUACACAUCGGCACGGCACGCCAAACGAAAGGACUCUUCAUGCUCGAUGCCCUCCCAAGUGUGGCGACGGCUCAAGCGGCUACCUCGACAACCACUCUCAAAACGUGGCAUAAUCGAUUCGGCCACCUCCACUACGACGCUAUUCAAGCCAUGGCAACGAAGGAGAUCGUCAACGGCUUGGAGUUUGUGCGCUCGGGUGGAGACGAUGAGAAGUGUGUCGGUUGUCUCGAAGGGAAAAUGGGACGGAAGCCAUUUCCACCAAGCACGAAGCCGAACGCCACCGAACCUCUCAAGCUCGUUCACACGGACUUGUGUGGACCGAUCACUCCCGCGUCGAAGGGCGGCGUGCGCUACGUUCUCACGCUCCUUGACGACGCGACGCGGAUGUGUUGGAUUCGGCUUCUCAAGAACAAGGACGCCACGUCAACCACCAUCAAGCUGUGGGUCGCGGAUGUGGAGACGGCAAGCGGCUUCAAGUUCUCGACGCCGUACACGCCUCAACAAAAUGGAGCCGCCGAACGCUUGAAUCGCACGCUCAUGGAGUCGGCACGAAGCCUCCUCUCCCAUGCUCACGCGGAGAAGCAUUGGUGGGGAGAGGCGGUUACGUUGGCAACUUGGAUUCGCAACCGGUGCGUGACCAAGGCGUUGCCCAACAAGACGCCUCUUGAGGCUUGGAGCGGUACGAAGCCGGACGUCACCGACCUUCGCACGUUUGGGUGUACGUGCUACUACCAUGUCCCGGAUGCUACACGGACCAAGCUUGAGGCGAAGGCGCGGGUGGCGAUGUACUUGGGUCCAAGCGCGGAUCACAAGGGGUGGCGCGUGUGGGACUUGGAGCACGGGAAACUCGUGGUGUCGCGCGACGUGGUGUUCUACGAAGACACCUUCCCCUCCAAGUCUACGAACGUGCCCUCGGUCAUCAUCGUCCCUCCACCCUUGGAUGCCGCGGAUGAGGCGGAUGAAGUUCCUACGGCUCCUCCUCCUAGUGCGAGUGAGGGGGAGAAUGGAUCGGGUGCGGUUGGAGUGAGUGAGAAUGAAGGAAAUGCCAAGGAACGUGACCCUUCGUCUCCUCCUCGUAUCACUCCAACCCUCGCAUCCACUCGCACUCGAAGGAACCCUCAUCCCAACUCCAAGUUCGAUGACUACUCUCUCGUGGCGGGGGACGAUGAGGGAGGGGGAGACGCUAUGUGUCUUGAGGCGUACACCGACACCCCGUCCACCUACCACGGCGCCAUGAGCUCGGCGGAAGCGGCGGAAUGGGAACGUGCACUUCAAGAAGACGGACGUGAAGGAGAAGCUUGCCGCCGAAUUCUCCAUGCGUGA